GUUUCAGCAACUUCAAAUAACUUGAAAAUGUCGAUGAUACUGUGUGACGUGUAGUCUACAAUUCUUCUACUGUCAACAAAAUGGAAUAUUUUAAAAGUAGCCUAAAAUCUGUUUUAGGUUCUACUCCUGUAGAAAAUGAAAUGUCGGGUGCUGAUACGGUAGAACGAUUGGUGGAUAGGUUACAAUCAUCAACCUUGUUAAAUGACAGACGAGAUGCCUGUCGAGCGCUUAAAGCCCUUUCACGCACUUAUCGCGUUGAAGUGGGAACUCGAGGAAUGGAUGUACUGAGACAGAUUUUGGAAAUAGAUAGAACAGAUUGUGAAAUCAUCGGUUUAGCAUUGGACACUCUUUGUAACAUAACUAAUCCUAUAGCAUUUGAAGAAGAAGUGGAUAAACAUGGACCAAAGAAUAAAAUAGGAGAACAAUUCACAGAGAUAUUUAUUAAAAACACAGAUAGCGUAGGAUUAGUCUUAGCACUCUUGGAAGAAUUUGAAUUCAAAGUUAGAUGGCCAGCUUUGAAAUUAUUAGCACAUUUGUCAGCUAACAGGCUAAAGGAUAUACAAGAAAUAAUUUUAGUUAGCCCCAUGGGUGUUUCUAAACUGAUGGAUCUCCUCAGUGAUAGUAGAGAAGUCAUACGUAAUGAUGCCUUAUUACUUCUUAUCCAAUUAACCAAAGGCAAUGCAAACAUUCAAAAAAUUGUUGCAUUUGAAAAUGCAUUUGAUCGCAUUUUCGAUGUAAUUGCUCAGGAAGGUAAUGCGGAAGGUGGUAUCGUCGUUGAAGAUUGCCUGUUACUUAUGUUGAAUCUUUUACGGGGUAACAUAAGUAAUCAAAAUUUUUUUUAUGAAGGUUGUUACAUUCAGAAAUUAACUCCAAUGUUUCAAAUACCAUCUGAAAUUGAUGACAAUCCUCUUGGUGCAUGGAGUCCACAAAAAGUGUCAAAUGUUCACUGUAUGGUACAAGUGAUUCGAGCAUUAGUAGCACCUAGUGGACCUGCUCAGGUAAAUGAAAACAUUCUAUACUCAUUUGCAUUCCUUUCGUUUUUGAUACUGAUUUUUAUCCGUAACACGUAUAUAAAGGCAGUCGCAAAUUGUCAAGAAAUCAUGAGAGCUUGUGGACUUUUACAAGCUUUGUGCAACAUAUUAAUGGCUAGUGGUGUACCUGCUGAUGUGCUCACAGAAACGAUUAAUACGGUAGCUGAAGUUAUUAGAGGAAAUGCUAGCAAUCAAGAAUUCCUAGCAGGAGUAAUGGCCCCAAGUAGUCCUCCUAGGCCUGCAAUCGUUGUUUUACUUAUGUCCAUGGUGAACGAAAAGCAACCAUUUGCUUUAAGGUGUUCUGUUCUGUAUUGUUUUCAAUGUUUUUUAUAUAAAAAUGAAAUACGACAAAGUCAGCUUAUUCAGACUUUGCUACCUCAAGGUAACGAGGUGCCGUCAUUAACAACAGGGCAGCUGUUAUGCGGAGGUUUAUUUUCCCCGGAUUCUUUGUCGAAUUGGUUUUCUGCCGUGGCAUUGUCUUACGCGUUAAUCGAUGACAAUGCGCAGAAAGAGCAAUUACUGCGAGUACUUCUUGCAACUAACAUUGGUAAACCACCUGUGACUUUGAUGCAACAGUGUGUCAUGUUACUGCAACAAGGCAAUAAGACGCAAUGCAAGUUAGGUCUUUUAAUGUUACUCUGCAGAUGGACUGCUCACUGCCUAGCUGCCGUGAAAUUUUUCUUGCUUAUCGAUUCUUCUGUAGCUUAUUUAACAGUCUUACUAUCGUCGCAAGAAAAUAACGACGACUUACAAGAAACAUUACUACAAAGUAUGUGCGCUAUGCUUAUUGGAAUAUGUGUACAUUUUAAUGAUAAUAGUGUUCCUAAUUAUACGAAGGAAAAAUUGUGCAAUUUAAUUGAGAAUAGAAUAGGAGUAGAAAGAUUUCAAGAUGCUAUUGGCGGUCUUGCUAGGCAUGAGGUGUAUUCUAGAACUUUAAAACAUCCGCAACCCUCAGCGAAGAAUCCAUCGGAACUUCUAUUAGAUCAUGAGUUUUGUAGACUGUCAAAAACAUUAGAGGGUAUAAUUAUGGAAUCUGUUUUGGAGGGAAGUAACACGCAUCAGAAAAAUCAAAUAACGACGUCGAUACUUCCAGACUCUGUUUUAGUAGCACAAUACAAAGAAGUUAUUCGAGAACAAGAUUCUCAAAUACAGAAGCUUAAUCAAGUUACAGAAUCACUAAUGAAGGAAAAACAUGAACUCGAAGCACAAAUUCAUGAUCUACAAUCGACCGUUAGUCAUUUAAAGGAUCAAAAUUUAGUUCUACGAGCCGCACAAACCAAUUUGUUAUCAGAAGAAAAUGAUUCUAAUAAUAUAACAAACGAAGAAGAAUGCGCUAAAGAAGUGGAAAAAUAUAAACAUGUAAUUACGGAUUUAGAAAAUCGUUUAGAUGAAUGUACCUCGAUGAUAAAAGAAUAUAAACGAAAAGUAGAGGAAAAAAACGAGACUGAUCUUGAACGGAAAUUGAGAGAAAAAUCAGAAGAAUUGGAAAAAAUAAAAAAAGAUCAAGAGGAUCUUCUGGAACUUUUAACAGAGCAAGAUAGUAAAAUUAUUUUGUAUAAAGAAAGAUUGAUCGCAUUGGGUGAAAAGGUUGAGACGGAUGAAAGUUCUGCUGAACUUGACACUGACGAUCAACAAGAAUCUAGCAAUUCGGUCGAUCGUAAUGAUUAGUACCUUCCUAAUUAAAAAUUAUUAUGGCAAUGAUGAUACUAGAAAGUAUUUUUCCGUGUUCUUGUAAUUCCCUUCUAUUUAUUUCAAACGAUAAUGUACCAUCAUAUCGUAUGAUGAUGUAGCAAAUUCACACAUUAGGAAGUAAAUGCAGUUUUUAUUAUGUUGUUAAAAUUUUAUGUACAAUAUUUUUUAACGUAAGAAUACUGAAUGUGAAUACCGAUAUGAACCGUUUUAAUGAAAAUCGAUGAACGUUUGAACUGCAUUAUAGAUGUAAAAAGAAAAACAUGUUAAUAAUACGAUAUGUUUAAAGGGAUAUUUUUUAUUAAUUAUAAUAUUGCUUCACUAUUGAUUUUAAUCACAUCAAACAUUAAAUUUAACAAAGUAUUGUGCUCUACAAAAUGGCUGCAAGAAAAAAGUGAAACAAACAAUUAAGAUUCCUCUGUUGAAUGUUUGAACAUUCCAUUGAUCAGUAUGUACGUUUUGUUCAAUUAAUACACGUGGUAUAAUUUAA